AUAGAAAAGAUCAACAAGGGUAACAGUAUCAUAACAAGAUGAUGAAAAGGGACAUGCAUUUUGUUCACAUUCUUUUCUUAUUAACUCUUUCUCCUUUAAUUUGUGUUAGUGGUUCCCAUUUUGUGCUUGUUCAUGGAGCAUGCCAUGGUGCAUGGUGUUGGUAUAAGGUGGCAACUUUGCUUAAAUCAGCUGGUCAUAAAGUUACAACUGUUGAAUUGGCGGCUUCCGGUAUCAAUCCGAUACAGGUCCAACAGAUUCGUCAAAUUUCACAAUAUCAUGAACCUUUGAUGAAAUUUAUGGAAUCUCUACCAUUAGAAGAGAAGGUGGUUCUUGUUGGUCAUAGUCUUGCCGGAUUGUCUAUGUCUAUCGCUAUGGAAAAAUUUCCAGAGAAAAUUUCAGUUGCGGUUUUCGCAACUUCAUUCGUGCUUAGUCAAAACCUCACUUACCCUGCUAUUCUUAAAGAGCAAGCUAGAAGGAAUAAUUCUUUAAUGGAUACAAAAGAUUUCUAUUUUGAUGGACCAGACAAACCUGCAACUGCUAGACUGUUUGGACCCAAAUACUUGGCAUCCACGUUUUAUCAAUUAUCACCACCUGAGGAUUUGACCCUUGCAAUGACACUGGUGAGACCUAUGCCACUUUAUAGUGAUUAUGAAUUAUUGGAGAAGGAAACAAAAGUUACCUAUGAAAGAAAUGGAAAGGUGCCUAAAAUUUUUAUCAUUGCUCAAAGGGAUAAAUUAGUAUCAGAGGAUUUUCAAAGGUGGAUAAUUGAGAGAAGUGGUCCAUAUGCUGAGGUGAGAGUGAUUAAGAAUGCUGAUCACAUGGUUAUUUUCUCCAAAGUAAGGAGCCUUACUUCUAGGCUUCUAAGGAUUGCAAGGAAAUAUUAAUAUUUAAUCAUAAUGGUAUAUGGUAUUUGUGUCUACCAUGUCCCAAACAAUUAUGUUUAUGUGUUUGGGAUUAUAUUUUUAUUAUGAAUUAUGAUUGUGAGUUCUAUUUAAUAAGAAUAAUGGGAUUGUCCCUUGUUGUGUUUUUA